UCAAUUACAAUGACAUGCAGAAUAUGAAACGAUAUCAAGUGCUCGUUAGCACCAUCAUCUUCAUGAUGAUAGUUCUGUCGUCAAGCACAGAUUCAAUCACAUCGUACAAUGUCUGUCCAGAUCGACAAUCAUUCGAACCAUGCCAAUGUAACGAUAUUACCAACGAAAUUCGUUGUGGACUCGGCUUCUCGGUGCCAAUGAACGUUUUGUAUCUGUUUCGAGACAGUGUCCCGUUGAUGAUGGCAGCACAUAGUGAUGACAAUAGUUUUUAUCAUUACCGACAUCUGGCCAUAGAGAAUUCGUCAUUGGAAAUCUUGUUGAACAACAUGUUUGGCAGAUUCAAAUUUGAUUCCAUAUCGAUACGAAAUAAUUACUACCUUUCUAAACUGGAACCCCAACUGUUCAGUGGUCCGACGACCAAGUCAUUGACAUUAAAUUCGAAUCCGAAUCUAUUCGCUAAUGAUGAAUCUGUGAACAAUCUAUUCACAAUCAUCGCCAAUCUUGUUCAUCUGGAAUCAUUGACCAUACAGAAUUGUGGCCUACCAUUCAUACCGAAAAAUGCAUUCGCCCAUUCUUCUCAUCGAUUAUCGAAACUUGCACGUCUUGAUCUUCGUAACAAUCAAAUUCGACAAAUCGAUUCUAAUACAUUCAAUUCACUGGAAUCUCUACGAAUACUCGAUUUGAGUCGAAAUCUCAUCAAUGAUUUGCCAGCCAAUUCAUUGAAUCUGUCGUUAGGUGAACCAUGUUGUGAUUCAUAUCGUUGUCGAGACAUUCAUUAUUUCAUCGAUCUCAGUUACAAUAAUCUGACAGACGAAUCAUUCAGUCCGAAUACAUUUAACAUAAAUUGUUCGAUCGAACUACGACUGACAAACAACUCGAUUCGAUUUCUGAAGGAAAACACAUUUCGACCAUUAUUCCGUUACUAUACAAUGAUACAAAUCUAUAAUAAUCCAUUGGACUGUCAUCAUUGUAAUCAUUCAUGGCUGAUGAAAGGUCGAUAUUGUUCAGAUUACAACACCACAACUUGUUACUAUAUGGUCAUUGAUUUUGUCUGUCGUGUGGAAAUGUCAUUAUAUAAUUUCAUCACCAAUUGUACACCAUACACAGCUCGACUCAAUAAUCUCAGUCUUUCGUAUCAAAGUACAUCAUUGCUCAUUGUAAACAAGUAUCUGGAAUCUUAUCCAAAUGAUUUCAUCGAAUAUAAUCCUCAAUUGUUGCGUUGUCUAUCAGAUUUUAACUUUUUACUCCCUACAUCGACGGUGCACAGAUCAAACUUUCCAUUAACCCUUUCCACAUUUUUCAUCCUAUCCAUCAUCAUUCUGAUAUUUGCUGUUUUAGUUGCCUAUUUAAUUAAUCGACCAUGUACUUAAUUGAAAAAAACUAAAUGUUAUUUUUUUACAAUAAAAUAAUGAAUAAACGAGCCACAUUGUCUAUGAACGGUUUCGAAUGU